AAUGAAAACUGGUAUAGGUGCAAAAUAUAACUGGAAGAAGAAAAGUUUCUAUAAUAGCGAUAAUAUCUCUUUGGAUUUAAUUGGAAUGUGGGGAUUUGAAUAUGAUAUAGAUUUCUGUGAGUACACAGGAUUUGAACCAAAACAUCACUUGGAAUAUAAGUUUUGCGGAUACAUUGCCAAGUAUAAUACUUUUAAUCAAUUUGCUUUCCAUUCAUGCCUUACUGAGCAAAUGCUAUUUGACAAAAUUAUAUGUGAAAGUGAAAUUAGUCAAUAUUGCAUAUCUAAUAUUUAUCUUUGCGAUGGAGUUUACGAUUGUUUUGAUAAAUCUGAUGAGACAAAUUGCUCUUCACCUAUGAAUAAUUUAUAUUUUAAAUGUGAUAAUGGAACAAAAUUAUUGAAUUAUGUUCUAAUUUGUGAUAAAUUUAAUGACUGUAAAGAUAAAUCUGAUGAAAAAAAUUGCUUUUCUAAACCAUGUAAUACUGGUGGUGAUGGUGGUGAUGUUGAUAGUAAGUUACCAAAAGAAUUUCAAUGCAAAGAUGGACAAUGUAUCACAAAGGAGGAUAUGUGCAACAUUGUCAGAGAUUGUCCAGAUAAUUCUGACGAAGAGAAUUGCUCAAAAAGUGUUUUUUUUUAUAUAGAAACAGUAAGAUCUGGAAAUUUAUUAUCUCACUGUGAAACUGAUAAAUUAUUAUUUUUCUAUGAGUUGUGUAAUAAGAGGAGAGAUUGUCCAAGUGGAAUUGAUGAAUCACCUUUAAUGACUUGUGCGAGCAACUGUAUCAUAAGUGAAAAAGUAAUCUUCUCAUAUGGCAUAUGGACCCAUCCACCAUAUAACGAUCUGCAAUUCUGCAAAAAACCUUGUCCAACUGGAAUGUAUCAGUGUAAUAGUUAUCGACAUUGUGUAUCAUCAGAAAAAGUUUGUGAUGGUGAAUACGACUGCUACCUUAAAGAUGAUGAAGAGAACUGCAGUCUGUUCCAUUUAGGAUGA